AUGAACCUGAUCCCCGUUCGCCUGGAAUCUAAGGAUACGUUACUCGCUGUUGAAAACGGCAACCUACGUAAACGUAAUGAUGUCUCCCGGCUUCGGUUUGUAAAGCGGGACCCAGCGAGAGACCCGACGAAAUCCCGUUCAAAUAUCGACUCCGAUUUACCAUUCAAGGUUGGGAAGCAUCGAAUUCCGCUAGACGUUGCUGGAUGGCCGAUUUCGUCAGGUAAACUCCGAGCAGCCAAGCCGAUGUGGAAAGACGAUGCUCGUGGAAUCGCCGACGAACUUCAGCUGCCGCCGCUGAUGUUGCUGCUUGGGGGUUAUCCACAUGCGACCGAGUUCGAGCUAUCUUCGACAACGUGUCACAAGGGUUUCGCUGCCCCGAAUGCAGAUCAG